CGCUCGCUCCACGCUUGCGACCUUCUUGCGGGCCGUUCAUGUCCCACACCACCGGCUAAUUUGUUACCCAUCUACAGUGACGGUUCGCUCUCCCUCGAGGCUUGCCACAUUCACACCACUUUAACUCUGCUCAAAACAAAAAUGGAUGUCCCACUGGCCGGAGGAGGGGCUGCCCAAUUGCAGGACACAGUCCAGGGGGACACUGACCACUUCAGCGCGGAAUCAAGCAGGCUUGGACCCUCUCCGUACCAAGAUAGCCUUGGCGUAGCUGACCCCCACGCUUCCCAUCUUGUCCUCCCCCCUGUGACAGUCCCGACCCCACAGCAUCUGCCUCUGCAUCAGGGGGUUGAAACCCAGGCACACAUGGGUGUGUCUCCUCUAGACAACAGGUCCUCGCCUAUUAAGACAGAACCGGACUUGUCCAACAGAGAAACAUGGACGUCGUAUGCUUCUGCUGUUUGUGACGUUACCGAUUCAGCAUCUUUGACGAUGAAGUCUGCGUUUGAUCCUCCACCCCAGUAUUCAGAACCUCAGAUCUCGGUUUUCUCUUCAAUCAACCAUCCCGUGAGGUCGCCACACCUUAUAGACCCAAUGAUGCCACAGCCCCAGGACGGGGAGGACUUACCCCCUAUGACAACACAGGUCUGGUACAUCAGACCCCCUCUCCAAGCCUGUAUGCGGGAUUCAGGGCUAACAAGCUGGAAGAACCCCACAACUUGUCACGGGCUCGGGUGUCUCCAGACCCCAAUACGCAUCAUCAUCAGCAUCAGCAACAACAUCAUCAUCAACAGCACCAACAUCAACAACAACAACAGCACCAACAUCAGCAGCAGCAACAGCAACAGCACGACAAAAAAGUUAUCGUUCCUGCAGACGUAUCGUUGUGGACGCAGGCACACGUUCAGCAGUGGUUGGACUGGGCUAUUCAAGAGUACGGCCUCCGUGACGUCGACAACUCCAAGUUCCAACACAUCGACGGCCAACAACUCUGUCGGAUGAGCAGGGACGACCUUUGCCGCUUGGUGUCGCCACACAACGCAGACAUGUUGUACAGACAUCUAGCCUACCUCAGACAAGGACCAAGUCCCGCCCGCCAAACACCAGAACUGCCUGAGCCCUGCCCGGGACCGAUUGGGAUGCAGCGGGCGAGCUACGUGCACAACAGUGGGGGGACGGUCUACGGUGCUCCUAAACCGCCAGAACCCCCAUUUUCCAAGUCGCCUUGGACGCCUCAACCUAACCAUGCUGCUCAAGCUUACCCGCCAACAUCAAUCACAAGCAUGAAGCCAAAUAUCGAGAGCCCACAUGCGCAUGCGCAGUGGAGACCACAAAAUCCGUACGACCUUUUCACACCGAUUGCAACAAGACUGUCAAGCUCAGGCAGCGGUCAGAUCCAGUUAUGGCAGUUCCUGCUGGAGUUGUUGUCGGACAGUCAGAACGCCGCCUGCAUCACGUGGGAGGGGACAAACGGGGAGUUCAAACUCGUGGAUCCGGAUGAAGUCGCCAGACGCUGGGGGGAGAGGAAAAGCAAGCCCAACAUGAACUACGACAAACUGAGUCGUGCACUGCGGUACUACUACGACAAGAACAUCAUGACAAAGGUCCACGGCAAGAGAUACGCCUAUAAGUUUGACUUUGCCGGUUUGGCUCAGUGCCUGCAACAGAAUUCCGGAGACACUUCGGCGUUCCGCUACCAACAGGACAUGUUCAUGUCGGGUUACCCAAGCCCAAAGUUCCCUACGGCUCACUCAACCAUUUCCUCCGCUGCCACGGGUCUGUACGGGGGCAACACGGGGUACUGGGCCAAUACGAACAGUAACCUAUUCUCGGGGAUCCCGGGGCCAGUGAUACCCCACCAUACGGGCCAUUUCAGCUCACAUCUUGGGACGUACUAUGCGCACUAGGCCCGUCAUUCGCCGUUUGUACAUACUGUACAUAGAAUUACUGCUGACUCUGCAAAUGAAAUCAGUGGUGUACUGAGACUGGCACUGGCCAUAGAGUUCCAGGAAUUCCUGGUUAUUCAACAUAUCGACGAUUUAGUGCGGAUGGUGAACGCUCAUGUUUACGAUGGUCAACAAGUAUGGAUUUAAUAACUCUCUAGUCUGACAUAGCUCACCUGAUAAACAGAUAACAUGUACUGUGUUUACUGUGUGGUAAAGAUGCUAGAACCUAGCAUUUUAGUGCUAUAACACUUCCAAGUGCUAGCUGGGGUAGUCGCAUACAUAUCAUGCCCCUUGUAUAGAAACUGUUUCAUGUCUCUCACACGUUCCUUGAUUAACAUCAUGCCCCACAUUAUGCAAUUGUAUUAUAAAAUCAUGCCCAUUAUAUAGAAUAAUGUUAUUUUAUCUUGUGCCCCCUCAUUUAGAAUACUUCCUUUUUAGCUGGUGCCCCUUCAUGUAGGAAACUUACAUUUUAUCUGGUGCCCCUUAAGUAGAAUACGUUUUUUUGUAUUUGCUGCCCUCUUGUCUAGAAUACUUCCAUUUUAUCUGGUGGCCCAUUGUGUAGAACGUUUCUAUUUUAUCUGGUGCCUCCUUGUGUAGAAUACCGUUAUUUUUCUUGUGCCCCCUUAAGGAAAAUAUUGUUAUUAUAUUUGCUAUACUCAUGCAGAAAACUUCCAUUUUAUCUAGUGCCCUCAAGUGGGGAAUGCCACUGUUUUAUCUGAUGCCCAGUUAUUUAGAAUAAUGUUAAUAUAUUUUGUGCCCCACAUGUAAAAUAGUACUUCAUUUGAUGCCCUUUUGUAUUAUCAUUUUUAUCCCACGUCCCUUCAAAAAUAUAUUUUGUUCACCCCUAACCUCGUUCAUAUCAGUAUUCUAUUGUUUUUAUCUGGUGCCCCCGUUAUGUUAUCAUUUUAUCUCAUCUCUUUUGUGCAUUGUUUUAUUCCAUGUCAGUUAUGUCAUAUAUAUCAUAUCGUGCCCGGUCUCGUAUUAUUCUGUAUAUCAUUGCUCUAUCAUGGAGAUUCAUGUUAUCUCAUGCUCCUAAUAUAUGUAUAUCAUUCUGUCCUCUUUAUGAUGUCCCAGGAAUAAUUAAUGUGUCCCAAACCCUUUUGUCAAGUAUAGUUUACACGCCAUAUCUUGCAGGUGUAUUUCUAUACCCCGAUAUAUCGAACAUAAUGCCCUGGUUUAUUAUGUUAGUAGAUGUCUAAGCCAUUCUGAAGGAGUUAGUUUCAAAGGCCGCUCUGUCAACAAAAACCACGGGCGCUCAGCGCCCAGUGAUUUUAGGCGCCGCAAUUCAUGGUACAGAGUUGCGUCCCUUGGAUACGCUGGAAACUAUCGCCACGACUAUUGUUCUAGGUUUGUCAGCACCAUGUUUUACCAAAGUUGCAAUGUUUUUUAUCUGCCUCUGUUCGGGCUUUGAUUCAACAUUAAGCUGACAUGCCGCGAUGUAACCGAAACAGUGUUUAAAGCGGCCUAAAACAAUAUUGACUCCUCUCCUAUUACCAAGACAUGCCCAGAUAGCAUAAAAGACAUGCUUGUGUUUUUUCCCUAUACCACCGAAUUGUUAGAGCUUUCUCAUGUCCAUAUCAGAAUAUUGAUUCUCGUGACAUACGAAAAGGACCUUACUUACAUUCUUCGAAAAGGUUUAAGGAAACAUCGAAAUAUAUGUGUACGUUCACACCGAAAUCAGAUGGCCAAGAGGUCUGAAACGUCCAAGUUGUUUUGUAGAAAACCCUGAUCGUUCAAAUCCUGGAUUUUAAUGCUUUGAUCUCUUAGGAUCAGGUCCUUUCUUUCAUAGAUGUAGAUACAAAAUUACAUUCGGAGUAUAUGAUAUGUUGUAUUUCAAAUCCCCCCUCCCCUCGAAGAGCAAACUGUCUCAGGCGGAAGCGUCUCAUAAUUGUAUAUAUAUCCUGUACCAAGUUCAAGAUUAUGGUAUUGUACUCUUCAGGCCUGUUCCGGUUUUGGAACUUUAUUUAACAGUUAUUGAACGAAAUCAAACUGAAUCAAAUUCCAUGUCGAAGUGAAGUCCAUAACACCACUCUUGGUUAGUAGAAAAUUGUCUUAGUAGUAUAGUAUAGUCUUUUGUGUAGCUCACCUGUAAUACUAUCGAAUCUAGUCAGGAUGAUGCUUCAUUGUACUUUUACCAGGUGAGCUAUGCUUUGUAUGUACAGUAAGAACUUGAAUACUUUUUUAAAUAAUUUAUUUCACAUGAUUUGCAUAAUGUUGUUUCCUGUGAGGGAAUUUACAAUAUUUUGUUUUAACCUUCAAUUGUUUGUAAUUAUUGACAAGAGAGAUUAAAAACAUUUCGACUGA